AUGGACCUGGCCAAGAGACCUAACCUGACCCUUUCCAUUCAGGGUAAGCGUUUUGAGGGCAUUAUGGACACCGGCGCUGACCGGAGUAUCAUCUCCUCGCACUGGUGGCCUAAGGGCUGGCCGGUGGCUGAGUCUGAGCAUGAGCUUCAGGGUCUAGGUUAUACCCAAUGCCCUUCCAUGAGCACCCAGGUCCUCACCUGGCGUACUGAUGAAGGGAGCAAGGGUUCCUUCACCCCAUAUGUCCUGCCUCUCCCAGUUAACCUUUGGGGCAGGGAUGUCUUAACAGCCUUAGGCAUAGUCUUAACCGAUCAGUACUCCCCUCAGGCACGUAAAAUGAUGCAGGGCAUGGGGUACAUACCAGGAGAAGGACUAGGAAAGAAUUCCAGUGGCAUCACAGAGCCUAUCACUGCAGAGGGAAAUCAAGGCAAAACGGGGCUGGGUUUUUGA